AUGCACUACUUGACAGACUUCAUUACGGCCACAUCCAAUCACCUCUCCAUUCCAGGUGAUCGCCGAUGCGGACAUCCAGCUGUACCCCCGAACGCCAGAGUAUUCAUUCCAUCAGGAGACAUAGUGCCUGGUACCAUCGCGACCUAUGAGUGUGAUGAGGGUUAUGAACUGUUCGGGGCCCAUCAGAGAGAAUGCACCCUCAGGGGCGACUGGACCGCUGAAGCACCAUUCUGCGGUACAAACGUUGCGUUCAGGAAACCAGCAAACCAGUCCACCACAGUUCGGGGAGGUGCUGCAGCCAACGGUAAUGACGGUGAGAAGACCACAGAACAUGAUGGCAAGAGGUGCACGGAGACACAGAGGGAAGCCUCGCCCUGGUGGCAGGUGGACCUACUCAGGCAUUACGCCGUCAAAGUAGUCAGAGUCACCACUAGAGGAUGUUGUGGUCAUCAGCCGCUUCAAGAUCUGGAAAUCAGAGUGGGUAACAGCAGCACAGACUUGCAGCGCAACCCUCUAUGCGCUUGGUUCCCGGGUACCAUCGAUGAAGGCAUAACGAAGACGUUCACGUGCGCGAGGCCACUGGUUGGCCAGCACGUGUUCCUGCAGCUGGUUGGCGUUGAAGGCUCCUUGUCUCUCUGUGAAGUUGAAGUGUUCACCACUGAAGAAUUCUCCAACGACCGUUGUGCCCCAACCGGAGCCCCUGCUGACAUCGAACUGGCUGCCUUCUCUAGAAACUGCUACGAGUUCAACGUGGCUAAGGGCAUGUCCUUCGACGACGCGAGGAAGCAAUGCCAGACUCAUGGAGGAGAUCUCAUUCAUGGAUUCCAGGGAGCGACAUCGAGUUUCUUGAUUCAAGAGCUGGAACGAAGAAAACCUCAGCUGAAGACUCAGUUGGUCUGGAUCGGAGCACAAAAGGAACCAGGGCUAACUUCCAGAACCUGGAAAUGGGUUGAUGGUGAACUGGUACAAAAGCCGACUUGGGGCAAGGAUCAGCCGAACAACUACAAUGGUGAACAGAACUGCGUGGUGCUGGAUGGAGGUCGAGCGUGGCUCUGGAACGACGUGGGCUGCAACUUGGACUAUCUACACUGGAUCUGCCAGUACCUGCCUCCUUCUUGUGGAAGUCCGGAUAAGCUGCUGAAUACCACCAUUGAAGGAAACAACUACCAAGUUGGAGCUUCCAUCGCCUACAGAUGUCCAGAGGGGCACAUGCUUCUAGGAGACACAACUAGGGAGUGCAAGAAAGAUGGAUUCUGGUCUGGUGCUGCACCCAGCUGUAAAUACGUGAACUGCGGUGGACUGACGCCAAUUCAAGAUGGAGACGUAUCUCUAGUCGACGACAGGACGACACACGGCGCUAAAGCAGUGUAUUCCUGUCGAGAAAACUAUACCCUGGUCGGGGAAGCCGAACGAAUGUGUAUUGACGAUGGGAUCUGGAGUGGCGAAGCUCCCAAAUGUUUGUUUGACUGGUGUCCCGAACCUCCUCCUGUUACUGGAGCUAUCGUCACAGUUGAUGGUCACAAGGCUGGAUCCCUGGCGACCUACAGCUGCCAAAAUGGAUUCAUUCUGUUUGGACCUCCGAGCGUAACCUGCACUCUUGGAGGAUCAUGGUCAGGUACACCACCGUCCUGCAAGUAUGUUGACUGUGGAACACCAGCUCAAGUGCAUAAGGGUUCCUUCAUACUGCUGAAUGGUACCACAACGUAUGGCUCCAUCGCUCGGUUCAACUGCGAGCCUGACUACUGGCUUGAUGGUGCGGAGAUCCUCACUUGCAACAGGGAUGGAAAAUGGUCUCAUGAUAUACCAUCUUGUGAAUUGAUAUCGUGUGCGGAACCUGAGGCUCCCGUCGGUGGGGAGUUUGAGGCCUACGACUACAACGUGCACUCCACCAUCGACUUCCACUGUGAGAAGGGUCACAAACUGGUCGGCGAGUCCAGUCUCACGUGCCAGACUGAUGGGGAAUGGUCAGGAGAAUCACCCAAAUGUGAAUAUGUGGACUGCGGUAAACUUCCACCAAUUCCAAACGGUUCAGCUGAUCUUUUGAACGGAACCACUCACCUGGGCAGCGUGAUCCAAUACUCGUGCACCACAAACUACAGGCUCGUGGGUCCUGUUCGAAGGAUCUGCACCGAAGACUACCGAUGGAGCGAAUCCUCUCCGAGAUGUGAAGAAAUCCGCUGUUCGGAUCCUUUGGUACCGGAGAACAGCAUCGUGUCAGUGACUGGUAACGACCGCAACCACGGACGCACUCUGAUUAGAACUGCCGUCACCACCAGCGUCGGUAACAGCUACCGUAUUGGAGCUCUCGUCAAGUACCGCUGUGAACGAGGCUAUAAGGUGGUUGGCGAGAGUAUCUCCACCUGUGAAGAUAAUGGCCAAUGGAGCGGAGUUACACCGAGAUGUCAAUAUGUUGACUGCGGAAACCCUGGUCCAAUCCAGAAUGGCGUAGUGACCCUAGCAACAAACGCAACAUAUUACGGUGCAGCUGCUUUGUACGAGUGCAAUGAGCAUUGGCAACUAGAUGGCGUAUCUCGAAGACUGUGCCAGGACAAUGGCACAUGGAGCUCAGAGCCACCAGUAUGCAAAGCUAUCGACUGCAAGUCACCGGGUACAAUUGAGAACGGUCGUAUCAUCAUUUCGAACAGCUCCACGUUGUUCGGCAGUUCCAUCGAGUACCAUUGCCUGCCCCAGUUCCAGAGAGUAGGUCCCUUCCUUCGCAAGUGUAUGGAUGAUGGUAAAUGGUCCGGCGAGGAGCCCAGCUGUGAGAUAAUCAGCAACGAAGCCGCUGAGAAUGGCACGUUGCCGCUUAGUGUUGGAGUUGGAUGUGGCGUUGUGCUUUUCCUUCUCAUGUUAUUGGGAGUAAUUUAUUUGAGGCUCCGUAAAGCCACGCCAGUGAAGAACACAGAGAACAUCGAAGGAGCCGAGCGUAAGGAAGACCAAAACGCCGCAGUGAUGAGUUAUGCAACACUCCAUGACACGAAUGGACGACAUAUCUAUGACCACGUUUCCGACAACGUGUACGACUCGCCGUACAGCGAAAGGAUUGCCGAUAACGUUGCUUACGGGAGACGAAGCGACACGGACUCUGCGUAUGAGCCCGAACCGACCGGCCCGAGCGCAGUCGUCACGAUCAACGGAGUCGCUGUGCGCUGACCGCUGACUGACUCCAAGUGGCUCGUAAGACUUUUAGGUAACCAAAUCCGACGCUAAAUUGGUGUUCCUCAGUGUAAAUGUUACCUGUAAAUUUUCCCUUAAAAGUGGUUACCAUUGACUCGAGUGUUCAAACGAUACGAUAGUUUUAGGGUUAGUUAUGAGUCCCAUUUGCUAGUUGAUCACCAACCCUUACUAGGUAUUGUACCAAAGAUGUAAAUGUGUUGGAUUCGUGUGGUAUGUUUAAGAUUGCAAUUCUUAUAUAUCGUUGUCCAUUGUCACAAGUGUUUAACUUUAUGUUAUGCGUAACUUAUCCACCGUCGGAUCGGAGAAAAUUUAAAAAAUGCACAUACUAUAUUAUUAUUAUAACCCAGAAAAGGUCUAGUCUCUUCACAACAACUCGAUGCAUUAUGUACAUUUAUGACACCUUCACCAUAUCAGAAUUGCAGUCUUAAAUCUCGUGUAAGUACUUUUUGUUCAUAAUUUUUACAAUAACUCACAAUACGAACAAAAAGUAUUACAAAUACUUUGUGUAUUUAGUUAUUAAAAUGUAUUUAUUGUUGUAUAUCGAACAAUUAGAAUUUGAUGCCAAAAUAAUUCUGCGAAUAAAAUAAUGCUUUUAUGAACAUGUUAAAUUAAGGAAUAUUAUUUAGUUUAUAUUCUUAUUGUUCCUUUUGUAUUGUGUAGUUUCUUUAUCGGGAUACCUUUAUACUAUAAAUUCGGAAUUAUUAAGGGAUAAUGGUGGAGUACUAACCUGACACGUGCCUAUUAUAUACUGCUUUAUAUUUUCUCUUACAUAUUGUUUUGUAAAUAUUAUUGUUUAAGUUAGAAUUAAUAUUAAAAUAUUAGAAACUCAAUGCCUAUAAAAUCCUAGACCUACCUGAGACUUCUAUAAGGAGUUAAUUAUUUCAUUCUACCUAAAACCGAUGUAGACUGUAUUUUAUUAUAAAUUAACUAAGUACCUACCUAGAACAAAAACCUAUCAAUUUAUGUUAUAUAUGUUGCCUAAUUAAAGACUAUGGUAGUAACUUUUGUUGUUAACUGUAGGUACCUGCUAUUCCUUUAUCAAAAUACUAAUUCAAUUGUUUUUAAGAACGCAAUUAUUGAAUCAAUAUUAUAGAACAUAGUCAGAACAAAUAGGCCUCGAAUUAGAAAUGUUUUACUUGAAUGAUCUCGACAUCACGACUCGUGAUUAUCGCUAAACUCAUCUUGGCCUGCAACCAGCUCCUCCUGCCAAUGCCAUGGCGUAUCAAUUUUAUAUUCUUCCUAGAACAGAAGUAAGGACAUCAUAAACUAUAAUUGUGAUUAAAUAUUAAGUGUUCAUCAGAUUAUACAGUAAUAUUUUUGUUAUAUUUUAUAUGUACAAUAAUUUUAAUUUAGACGGAUUCGUUAAAUAAAUGUUCUGAAUGUGUA